GAUUGGCUGACUAUCGGUGAGGGAAUAUUGAACUUCUCCAUGUUUGUAGGCCAUGUAUGGUUUCACAUCUGGACCUACUGUACAGUCUAUUCCUGCGUUUCUGACUAAACUAAAGCUACUGGUGGAUGAUGAGGAAACAAACGAUCUCAUAUAUUGGGAUCCGCACGGGACAAGUUUUCACAUACGUGAUGGAAACCGCUUAGCCAAAGAAUUACUACCCCUUUAUUUCAAACACAACAACUUAUCUAGUUUUAUAAGGCAGUUAAAUAUGUAUGGUUUUAGAAAAAUAAAUCGUGUGGAUCCGUCUCUUCCUUUAAAAUCUGACACUGAAGACAUGGAAUUCAGUCAUCCUUACUUCAUCCGCAAUAAAGAUAUUUUGCUAUCCAAAAUUCAGAGGCGGACCUCGAACAUGUUCUCACCAAUACUGGGGUCAAGAAAUCAAAGUUUUGGUGUAAAAGUACCUUAUGUUCAGGCUAAUUCGGGUUUAAAUGGUUCCCUAAGUGUAUCACCCCAGAGACCAAUAACUGCCACAGACUUCUUAAGACUGGCAGAGACUGUACGGCACUUGCGUUGUAAUCAGGAGACUUUAAGCCAACAAAUUAGUGUGUUAAAGUCGGAAAAUCAGCUUUUAUAUCGUGAACUUUCUGAUUUACGAGAACACCACGACAAGCAAUCCCAACUUAUUCAAACACUCUUCACAUUCCUGUCAGCGUUUGCAAAGGAAGGGAGGUCUGCAAGCGUGUGCAUCGGACAGACAAAACGUAAAGCUCUUCCUUCUAUUACUCCAUCCGGUUCAAGAUUUCAAAAUAAGGAACUAAAGCUGGAUCUUCGAAAAGGUUUUCAAAUUGAAAGGAACUCUGUUCAACCACUUCAACUUGUUCAAACUAGUGAUUUGCUCGGACCACAUAAGCGCCCCAAAUUCGACUUACGAAAUUUGUCUGCAAAAAUAGGCAAUACAAGUUCCGGUGCAAAUAUUACUGACCAGAUUUCAGAUAUUGGAUCAGUUGUUCAUAUUCUCCCUUCAAAUCUUCAGCUUACUCCAGUGAAUCUUGGUAAUGACGGCAAAUAUGUAUACUCUUUAACUGGUUCAUCACAAGAGUGUGACGUAAAUAGGCAAAGUUUUGUUGAUAAAAAUCCUGUGAAUGUCCAAGAUGAGCCGAGACAUUAUCUGUCUAAGGUGGACGAUAAUUUCAUACAUCCCACAAAUGACGAAGAGUUUCCUGUAGGCCUUAAUGUUGAAGAAGACGGUGUUACAGAUGUGAAUAAUUCUAUUUUAGAGUUAAACUGGCCAUAUAGUAGGUCAGAUACACCUUAUUGUCUAACUGAUUCUCCUGGCUUGAGUGACGUAAUACCUUCAAAGUUAGAUGGUGUAACAGAUGAAAGUAUUUGUGACCUGCUUCUUAACUGUGACUCACAAACCGAACAAGUAGUCGGUAACAAUCAGUCUCUCUCAGAAUCUACCAUUUCAAAAUACAAGUAAGUCUUCAACCUAUCAACACAGUAACUCAAUUUUCAUCCGUAAGUUUUGUGGUUAACAUAGUUCUACUAAUUGUAAAUCUUUUUAUUUUAACCUGUAAGCAACUUAGAACCAUGUCCAAAUGUGCAUCAAAAUAAGUUGUCUUAAAGUCAAAAUAGUUUAUUCCUUGGUGUCAUUAUGAAAUCCUUAAACGUGUUUUGAUGCACUUUGAGGUAACAUUGUUUUUCACUUAACAACACUAAAGAACUUCCCUUGCACAUGAAAUGUAUGGUUGUUAUUUGUGUCGUUUUCAGGAAGGAGCCAAUAAGAAAACAGCAUAAAAUUCAGAACAGACCCCGUUGUAUCGUACCUUUUACUGAAAGCGAUCCUCAAUUUACUUCCACAACUCUCCAGGACAUUGACAGUCUUCCAUGGGAGAAGUAUCAAGAUAGUGGUUUUGACUUUAACCUCGGUGAGUAUUCCAUUCCACUUGAAAAGAUUACAAGUCUAGAUGUUGAACAAAAUCAAACAGAAAAUUCCAGCAGUUCUUCAAAUGGUCUUAUAGUCGGCAAUGAAAUUAUUCCUGUAGAACCCGUUAAUUUAAACGCAUGUGAUGAUGUUAUCCAGUUCUUGAGGUCAGAAAUUCCUGACAAGAAGUUAAAAUCAGAUGAAUCAUUAAAAACUGUUGCAACGACUGAGGCACAUACCUCUACUCAAAAUGGUGCUAUUGAUUUAACAAGCAGUUCAUCUACGCCAACUACCUGGAAAGCUAGACUUUCUGCCAACAAUCGGCUCACAAUAUCCGCCUCUCCCAAAGUUAAACGAAAACAAGUACCAGUUUUGAUCCACAGACAAUCAAUCACCCCUCUUUCAACUCCUGAUUUUUGUGAGGAAGGAUUGGAAUAAUGUACAACCCAACGCUCUUCAUUUCAUUGUAAUUUCUACACACAGUAGUUUCCCAAAGAAUUUCUUCACGAUAAAGAUUCGCCAAAGUAAUAUAUCAUGAACCGCUUCUACGAAACCAUUUUUCCCCACAUAAAAGUUUUCUUGUAAGCUCUGUCAUAAACAGCGAGUUUCACGAUCAUGUUGGACGAAUACGAAUUCAAAGACCAUACACGAUUGUUUUUUCGAUGAAUAACCAAGUUUUAAACAUUUCUCCGGUGUGUUUAUUGAUUAGUCCUAUCUGUUCAUGCAGAUUUUAAUAUAUGGUGUUUUACAAAGUAUAAAGACAGUGUACCAGAUUCUAUUAAACAAUAAUUAAUAUCGACGUUUUUUUCUGCUU